UGGUGGUGUUGUUGCUGCUGUUGUGUUGUCAGGGUUGUGGCUGGCUUUGUACUGCUGCUGUACUGCUGUUGGUGCUGUUGUUGCUGCUGCUGCUGCCUUGUCAAGAGUCUUGCCUGGGUCUCUCCCGCCGUAUCGCUGCUGCUGCUACUGCUGCUGUAGUCGCUGGCUGUCGUCUUCGUUGGCGUCGUCUCUGCCAAAGUAAUCGCCGGAAGAGCGACCAUGGGGCUGUUCAUGUCGAGAGCCCUGGAGGACAACAUGAAGCGGCAGCAGGAGUUCAUGCUGCUCAACCAGCGGCUGCAGAUGGAGCGUCAGAUGGCCAUGCAGAGCCAGAUGCAGCAGAGGCAGAUGGCCAUGCAGCUCGCUGGUUCCCGCGAGUUCUUCAAAUACUACGCCUCCUUCUACAGCCUGGCCACCGUCACGCUCACCGCGGGCGCCAUGCGGAGCAAGCGGCCGGGCCUGCUGGUGCCGCUGGUUCCCCUGGGCUUCGUGUUGGCCUACCAGUAUGACCGCGCCUACGGGAGCAUGCUGCAGCGCAUGAGGGACGAAGCCGAGUGGCUCAUGGACAAGGACGCCGGACGUCUGCAGCUGCCGCACGGGCUGCCGACCUUCGAGGACGUGGAGAAGUGCCGGCGCGCCAACGCCAAGUUCCCGCCCGCGUCGGGAUAAGGCGGCGCCAUCGCCAUCGCCCGCUCGUUAGGGGGGGGGGGGGUCUGCUCGUGAACGCGCGCGGUGCAUUGUGGGUGAAGGCGAUCGUCGGGUGCGUCGCGUGUGCCCCCUCUCUUGCGCCCCGCGGGGUGAGCGGGCGAGGGCGAGCGGGCGAGUUACUGAGAGAUCGAAUCAAGUGGGCGAGCGGGCGAGAGACGGCGGGAGAGUGGGCGAGCGAGCGAGCGAGCGAGUGGGCGGUCUUGAACGGGGAAGCUACCUCGGCGAGUCGCCCAUCCAUCCCUACUCCGGCAAACGUCGCCAGUGAGUGCUGUGUUUUGAUCGAGUCCGUCCCUUAACAUUAACGGCAAUCGUCACGCGUGGGCCUGUGUGUGUGUGUACGUGUCUCUGUGCGAGCUGGCAGACUUGCACAGAAGCCGAUAGACUCACACAGCGACCCAUAGACUCACACAGUGACCCAUAGACUCACACAGAGACCCAUAGACUCACACAGUGACCCAUAGACGCACACAGUGACCCAUAGACUCAUACAGUGACCCAUAG